AUGGCGUCAAGUACCUCAAUCACGUUACCAAACGGACGUACCUACGAACAGCCUACAGGCCUGUUCAUAAACAAUGAAUAUGUUUCGCCCUCGGGCGAGGAGUUUACAGUCUAUGACCCAACGACUGAAGAGGAAAUCAUCCAGUUGAAAGGUGCAUCCGUUGAAGAUGUAGACAAGGCUGUUUCUGCAGCUCGUCGGGCCUUUGAGGGGCCAUGGUCCAAGCUGGCUGCUGUCGAGCGUGGUGCUUUUCUGUUCAAGCUUGCUGAGCUCAUUGACCGCGAUCGCGAGCUUCUGGCAGCAAUUGAUGCUUUCGAUAACGGCAAGACCUACGCCGCAGCGUUGGCUGCCGAUCUCGAUGAAUCCUACAACGUUUUCAAAUAUUAUGGCGGCGCUGCGGACAAGAUUACUGGGCGGACGAUUGAAACCAGCCCGGAAAAAUUGGCCUACGUUCUUCAAGAGCCUCUUGGUGCGUGCGGACAGAUUAUACCUUGGAACUUUCCAUUCAUGAUGUUGGCAUGGAAAGUGGCUCCUGCGCUUGCCUGUGGCAACGUUGUGGUUCUCAAGCCGGCUGAACAGACUCCCCUCUCUGCCUUGUAUUUUGGUAAGCUUGUCGUCGAGGCCGGCAUCCCCGCAGGUGUCGUCAAUAUCGUUACCGGCCUGGGCCGCGUCACUGGCAAUGCUAUUGCGAGCCACAUGGACAUUGACAAGGUUGCCUUUACCGGCAGCACCAUGACCGGUCGCGCCGUCAUGAAGGCAGCCGCCUGCAACUUGAAGAACAUUACCUUGGAGUGCGGAGGAAAGAGUCCUGCCAUUGUUUUUGAUGACGCAGACAUCGCAAAGGCCGUCAAGUGGACUCAUGUUGGCAUCAUGGACAACAAGGGCGAGGUGUGCACGUCAACCUCACGAAUUUACGUCCAUGAGGCUGUCUAUGAAAAGUUCUUGGCUCGGUUUGUCGAAGUCACCAGAGAAAACGACAAGCUCGGUGGCCAAUUCGAGGAACAGACAGUUCAGGGACCUCAGAUCUCCAAAGUCCAGUACGACAGAAUCCUCUCAUACAUUGAGGAGGGUAAGAAGGAGGGUGCCGAGCUCGUGUAUGGAGGCCGAAGCGACGCAAAAAAAGGCUACUUUUUACAGCCAACAAUUUUUGCCAAUGUUACGGAAACGAUGAAAAUCACACAAGAGGAGAUUUUCGGGGCUGUAGUCGUGAUUGCAAAGUUCAGCUCAACAGACGAGGUCAUUGCCAAGGCCAACGAUACAUCAUAUGGCUUGGCCGCAGCACUCUUCACCACAAAUAUCACAAAGGCUCACAUUGUUGCUCGCAAACUACAAGCCGGUAUGGUUUGGAUCAACUCGUCGGGUGAUUCACACUUUGGCAUCCCAUUCGGAGGCUGCAAGUCCUCGGGCAUUGGUCGCGAAUUAGGUCAGUAUGCGUUGGAUGCGUAUACGCAAUCCAAGGCAGUCCAUGUCAACUUGCAGUAA